ACGUCAACACACACACACGUCAACACACACGUCAACACACACACACACGUCAACACACACACGUCAACACACACACGUCAACACACACGUCAACACACACACACGUCAACACACACACACACGUCAACACACACACACGUCAACACACACACGUCAACACACACACACGUCAACACACACACACGUCAACACACACACACACACACGUCAACACACACACACGUCAACACACACACACGUCAACACACACAUGUCAACACACACACGUCAACACACACACGCGUGUGUAGUUCCUCCUGUGUAACACGUUAUCUCUCCUGGUUGUUUCCGAUCUCUGUGAUUAUAAAGCGUCUUGAGAGAGGAGCCGGGGGCGGGGCCAGGGAGGGGGCGGGCCAGGGGGCGGGGCCUCCGCCUGCCUUAAGAGGCGCUGUGCCGGAGCCUCAGUGUGAGCAGCAGCAGCAGCAGCAGCAGACUGGAGCCCUGGUACUCCUACACACACUGGUUCCCCAUGGCCUCGGCCCACGUCAAGGGGCCCCGGCCCGGCCCCCCGGGGGCCUCCGCCCAGCCCGGCCCCCCGGGGGCCCCCGCCCGGCCCCGCAUGCAGCCCGCCAUGAUGAUGUUCUCCAGCCAGUACUGGGCCCGGAGGGGCCUGUCGCUGGACUCAGCCAUGUUCCACCAGCAGCAGCACACCGGGGGCCGCAUGUCCAGGCGUCCGUCCUUCUGUCCCAUCAGCGAGCUGCCGGACCGCGGCGCCGCUGAGCAUUGUGGGAAGACGGCGCUGGUGUUGUCCCUGAAGAACGAGGUGGGCUGCCUGGUCAAAGCCCUGCAGCUGUUCCAGGAGAAGCAGGUGAACCUGAGCCACAUCGAGUCCCGCGCGGCGAGCGGCGACCCGGGAGAGGUCCAGAUCUACGUCGACUGCAGCUGCAGCGCCCAGCAGUUUGAGGAGCUGCUGCGGCACCUCAGAGGUCACGUCAAGGUCGUGUCCGUCAACACACCGGCACACCUGUGGUCUGCAGAGGCAGACGAUGACGAGGUGCCCUGGUUCCCGAUGAAGAUCUCGGAGCUGGACCAGUGCUCCCACCGGGUGCUGAUGUACGGCUCGGAGCUGGACGCAGACCACCCGGGCUUUAAGGAUGAAGUUUACCGUGAGAGGAGGAAAUACUUUGUGGAAGUGGCCAUGAGUUACAGGUUCGGGCAGCCCAUCCCUCGUGUCGAGUACACCCCGGAGGAGGUGAGCACGUGGGGCGUGGUCUUCAGGGAGCUGACCCGGCUGUACCCGACUCACGCCUGCAGAGAGUACCUGCAGAACCUGCCGCUGCUCAGGCAGGACUGUGGUUACCGUGACGACAACAUCCCGCAGCUGGAGGACGUGUCCCUGUUCCUCAGAGGGCGUUCAGGCUUCACUUUGCGCCCUGUGGCCGGCUACUUGUCCCCCAGGGACUUCCUGUCCGCUCUGGCGUACCGCGUGUUCAACUGCACACAGUACGUCAGGCACAGCACCGACCCGCUGUACACGCCAGAGCCGUGA